AUGAACGAACGUGGCAGAGAGUUCAUGCUGGGCUUCCCAUCCCCUCCCAAUGCAUCAUUAAGUGGUCUCAUCAUACUUCACAUGCGCGGCCCGAAAGACACUGCCGUGGUCAUUGACAAUGCUGGACCCGUUGGUAGUAACCACUAUACCAUCGACGACACGCUUACUCUCACCAUAGACCUACAAUACACGGCUAUUUCAACGCCAGCGCAUGAUACGGGAGUCAGCAUCACAAGCAGCGAUGACAUAUCUCUUUACGUCAUCAGGGGAGACAAUGACGGCUAUUUAGCUAUCCCUAAAAGCAGAUGGUCCACGAGCUUCUAUCUCGUGUCCUACCCUCCAACUGGUGGCGGCUACUCCUACUUCUCCAUCAUAGGGUACGAAGAUACAAACGUGGAAAUUACACCCAGAAUGGAACUCAAUUGUGGCUCUAUCUUUCUAUCUCCAUCCAUACUGAUGAGUGUCAGGAUCUUAGCAAAGCAGAAAUAUGAUAUGUACUGUUCUGGAGACGUGACAGGGACGUUUAUUAGAAGUCAAAAGCCAAUAUCAGUUGUUGCUGGUGUAACUUUUCUUGGAGAUUCGGGUUGGGAACGGGUUAUUGAGGAAAUGAUGCUACCUAAAGCUUUCUUUGGGAGGAACUUUGUUCUUCCAGCAGUUUCCGAAGAUGCUGCAGUUUUGAGAGUAGUCGCAUCAGAAAAUAAUACUGAGAUAUAUGAUGGAGGGAACCUAUAUACUUAUCUGGAUGCUGGUGACUAUAUUGAUGUAGAAACACUCAAAGUAUUUUGUCUGAAAGCCUCACGUCCAAUCCAGGUAGUGAUGCUAGGAAGGCGAGCGGAUUCGAGCUACUUCAGUGUCAAUGACCAUCUAGGAGACCCGAUCAUGGCGAUCGUACCUGCCGUUGAACGGUUUCAGCAUUAUAAUACGAUUGAUAUAUUUCCUGUCCCCGGGGAUGGCCUCGUGAUGUUUUUUGUGGAAAGGGGACAGGACAUCACUUCCUUACCAGCGGCAAUACAUUCUUACUUCGAAUAUUCCGAUUGUUGUAACAUCGGAAUACAUUACCUUUUUCUGCCACUACCUGUUGUUGACCUGCACCUGGAUUACCCUAUUGGACUGAUGCAGAUGGACGCUUCUUGGAACAAAGGCUUUGGUUUGAUGAUGGGGUCUUCCUUGGACCCUCCAAACUGUCCAAGACAUGAUGGGUUCGUGUAUCUCAACAACUCAGGGCUAUGUAUAAAGGUGUUCACGACACUGAAGUCGUGGACAGAUGCGCGUACCUUCUGUCGGGAAAACAGAUUACACCUUGUUUUGCUCGAUACACAGGACAAGAUCAACAGCAUCAAUGCCCACCUGGAAGAUCAGUUAAACACCACUUCCUUUUCUAUUGGGUUACACCUGGAACCAGAGAAUAAUGGUAUCUCAUACAACUGGAUAGACGGGGGAACUCUUGGCAACACGAACUGGUUGCCCUCACAGCCUGAUGGCUACGGCCUGUGUGUCCAAUUGGCAAAAGACAAGGAGAUGGGUAUUGGCUGGCAGAACGUCAACUGUGGAGUGAAGUCUGGCUACGUCUGUGAGGCGGUGCUAUCUGAAACACAAAAUGUCCAAUUAUUCACGGGCCAAUGUCAAUACUCUCAUCCAGGAUGCCCCACGGCUGACGGUUACACCUACAUAUACGAGGCCGAGCUCUGUGUCAAGCAUCACCCUCAGCCCGAGACGUGGAUCAACGCUGCUGCUGCGUGUCGUGCUGAUGGAGACCGCCUCGUCACGGUGGACAGUGACUCGAAACAACACUAUCUGCAUGAAGUAUAUCGGCACAUCUCGUCUAAGCAUUACAUUGGGGCUUCCUGGCAUAACGCUGGGCAAUGGGUGUGGAUGGACUGCAUGCCAUUGGUCUACGCCAACUGGGCUGUAAGUGGCAACCAAUCUGUGAUCAAAGGCGAACACUGUGCAGUGGCCACCGUGGACGGUUAUUGGGAUGCUGUGGUCUGUGAUGAAGCUAUGUCGUUUAUAUGUGAAAAGCCCCUGACAACCAUGGGACCGGACGAUGGAACUUGUGAAGAAAUCUCGUCCACGUCUCUGUCGUUCGCGGCGUCUCUUAUCUCCGAUACCAAUAGCGUCGACUCCGACACCGUUGUGUUAUCAUCAGAGGAUGACACGAUGAUGCCAGUGCUGUCAUCUCAAGUCAUCCUUUCCUCAUUGAACCCCAACUCCAUCGAGCCUCUUUUAUCAGUAUCUUCAACCGAUAGCAUCACCGACAUCACUGAGACAGCAUCGUCAUCAGAGGGUGAGUUGAUGUCUGUGUGGUCAUCAAAUGGCAUUAUGUCAUCCCAGUCUUCAACCGAUACCUGGUCAAGUACUGGUGUCAGUGCAAUACCCCGAGAGUCAUCAAUUCACGGCAUUGGGUAUAACACCAUGCCGUCACAAUCAUCAUACGUAAUAAAUUCAUCCAACGCGAGAUCAAGUGCAACCAUAUCCACGUCACCUCUGGCAAGUGUGGACGUCAACAUUGUGUCAGGUACCAUCAGCUUAAGCAGCUCUGAAGACAUUCUAACUGACAUCCACUGGGGUGUCAGUGAGAGUGUUGGUGCCCAUACUUCAGACCCUACUCAAACGCACACAGACGUCUCUUCAGGAUUCAGACAAACAUCCACUCACUCUAUCACAGCACUUGUACCAGAUUCAAACCCUGGGCGAGUUGUCUAUCGCGUUUGCAGGUGUUCCUGUAUUCCGGAGAACCGACUCAAUGACCUGUCGAUUCAAUCCGUCGACGAAAAGAAGAAGGAAAUUCGAGAAAAUCUGCUUCUAGAUAAGACAAACCUGACGAAGACCAUCCGCAAAUACAUCAGUGCUCCCGAUGAGCGGAAGUCUUCCUCCAGCAUUGGUGCAACUGGGGUCACAUUGAUCGUAUUCACAAGUUUGCUCAUACUCUUCUCGGAUGUGAUUGCAUUCUUUCAAUCUCGACAUCAAAAGUAUCGAUGAAAAAACUACUAGACAGUGGACAUUUUUGUAUGAGGUAUUGGGAGAGAGGCACCCUCCAAAAACACUGGGCACUACCCUGGGAUACAUACAAGUGUGAUUGUAUCGGAGUAUUCAGUGAAUAUUACUCCAUUGUGUUUUAGCUAACUCAUAACAUUACAUCACUGGCACCGGGUCGUAAAAUUGGCUUAUCACGAUCUAGUGACCGCACCCCUCCCCAGCUUUAAUUCCGUCACCGUUCAAUCUCAUGAAAAUCAGAUCUUAGCUCUCGCUAC